AUGAGUCAAAGUUCGAAUGAUGAAUCUUCUGUUGAAGUUAGUUGUUUUGUCAGUUAUUUUUAAAAACGUGCGAUUAAUUUUCAGGAACCCAAAAAACACAUAAACACUCGCAAAUGUUGCUAUUGCAACAAAACGAAAAACCAAAAAUUUUUGACGAGAGUACCGACAAUACCAAAAUUUCGGAAAAAUGGAUACAAAAUCUUGGAAACGAAUUCGGCGAAAACAUUAAGAAAAAGAAAUUCGCUUUUAUUUGCUUGACUCAUUUUUCAGGAGCUGGAAAAAGAGCCAAGAAUGAACUGCCAAGAAAAGAUGAAGAAGCCUCCACGGAUAAAGAAGACGAACAUGAAAAAAGCAAAAAAGAUGUGGAAAAUGAAGAGGAUAUGGAAGGAAUCGCCCAAGAAACAAGUAGAUUAUCGAUCGAAUAAUAAAUUUUUUAAAUUUCAACACCAACAAUUAUAUUCUCAGUCAGAAUCUAGAAAUGGUCAUGCCUUUGAGCAGAUAACACCAAUGAACCUUAGCUCAACAAGAAAAGCACUCAUUUGCCUUAACAACAAUUUCUCGAGCAAUGGAUAAAAUUAUGAAUUUUAUCGUCAAAUUCUAUUUUCAAUUUUUAACACUGUUAAAAAAAAAUAAAAAUGAGUUCAAAUGAUUUUUAACAGUGUUAAAAAAAAUAAAAAUGAGUUCAAAUAAUUUUUAACAGUGUUAAAAAAAAAUAAAAAUGAGUUCAAAUGAUUUUUAACAGUGUUAAAAAAAAUAAAGAUGAGUUCGAAUAAUUUUUAACACUGUUAAAAAAAAAAAGAUGAGUACUGCUCAUACUAAAAAGUUUCCACCCAGUCUCGUCCAAAUCGGUGGGGUCACUUUGGGAAGCAUUCCCAAACCUCACAGACCCUCCAUUUUUAAAAAAAAAAAAAAAACUUUAUCCACAAGUCAGAAACCAGGUGAAUUUUUUUGAACUUCGAUUUUCCAUUAAUUUGUUUUCACAAAUAAAUAAAAAGUUCAAUUUCCUACUCCCAAGCUUCCCCUCCCUUCUCUUUUAUUUUUAUUAUCUUUUCUAUUUUUUCCUUUUUAUCAAUCAAAAAUCCGCCAAUUUCCAGUUGAUUAUAAUUAUUUUCCAAUAAUUUUUUCCUUUUUUAUUUUUCGUUAAAGAAACACUCGAUUUCCAUAGCAACCAAAGCAUAACAAGAAAAAAAAAGAUAUUUAGACAAGUCCAAAAAUACUACGAAAAGGAGAGUGACCAGUUGUUCUCGCUUUCACAAUUUUUCGCCAAUUUCAGGAUACGAAAAAAGUGGAGAGGUGAGUUUGUAUUUAAUCUAGCGUGUGAAUUUUUUUGUUGGAAAGUUGGAAGUAUUUUUGGGAUUUUUGUAGUUUAUUUUUGGGAACAUUUCGACUUUUUUAUUCUAAUUUUUUGUCCAGAAAACUGAAAAAUCUAGAAAUUAUUGAGAAAUCACUUUUGUUAGUCCGCCCUCAAAAUUUAUAUGACAUGAAAAACAAAUUGAAUUGAAUUUUCAGAACAUUUUAUUGAAACUUAAAAAUAGGAUUCACUAUUUUAAAUUAAAAUUUUUCGAAUUUUUAUUGAUGAAUCGUAUGUAGUUAUGAAAAGUCCAACUUUUUCUGUCUCUCUUAAUUUUCUAUUUCUGCAAUCCAUCAACCAAAAAAUUAUAUGUCUAAAAAAUAAUUAAAAUCUUUUUUUUGCAGUAUGAAUCACCAUCAAUCUCGAAAUCUCUCUGCAUUUCAAACUCUCGAAGAAAUCUUAGGAUUCGAUAAAAGCGAAAGAGAAACAGUUUCAUCAUCAAGUGCAUCAACAAUCAAUAAUUCGGUAAAUUCACCAAUUCGUCCACCAACAAGACAUGGAAGAGAUUCAUCGAAUAGUAAUGAGGAAAAUAAGAAUCCCGAUCCACCAACAACAAGAAGAGCAUCAAGAAAAGCGGAAAAUGAGGAAGAUGAUGAAUUUUUGAAGAAAUUGUGAGUAGAGAGGAAUAUAAUUGUUAGAAUGUAAACAUUUUUUUGGAAAAUCUGAAAUCAAAUUUCAGAAUUCUAUUUGAAAAUAAAUUAAGAAGUUUUGAAUUUCAAAUUGGAAUUGAAGUUUCAGAAAAAUAUUCUGAACUUGAAAGCCUAGAAAAAUAUUAUUUUCAGAAAUGAGAUUCGUCGUCGAAGUGUGAUCACAAUGGAAACUCCAAAACCUUCUGUCGAAGUUGAGAAAUCGCGACUUCCAAUUCAUGUUGAAGUUGAAGAAAUUCAUGGUGUAAGUUUUUUUUUUCAACUUGUUGCAACUCUUCAAAAAAACUUUUUUCCGAAGUUUUUAAAAUUAAUUUUCUCGAUCGAUCAGAAAAUUAGAACUUUCAGAUUCUUAGUGCGAUUUUUUUCAAACAAAAAACUUCUUUUUUUUUAAGGAAAAAUUCCGAUGUCUACAGUAAUCCUGUUUUUUUCAGACCACGAGUCCAAGUUUGACAUUUCGAGUUGAUCCAUCUCCCCCGGCUCCUUCACAUGUUCCUCCAAAAAAACCAGAAUCCAUCAAAAAACCGCCAAUCGAAAUGAAAUCAAUGUUAAAUUCUCAACCAACAACAUCACAUCACGAAAAAUGGCUGAAAACCAAAUUAGAACAGCAGAAAAAGGAGAAGCUGAAGAAGUUACAGGAACUCGAGGCGAAAAAACAGGCGGAAAAAGAGAGGAAAGAGAAUUCGGCAAAAUUAUUCGAGAGAUGGAAGAAUGAUUAUGAUGAGAAGCUGAAAAUUGAGAAAGAAAAAAGACGGGAAAAAGAAAAAGCGAAAAAAAUGAAGGAAAAUGAGGAGAAGGAAAGGAAAAAAGUGGAAGCGGAGAAGAAUUUCGAGAUGUGGAAAAAGGAAAGAUCGAAAUCGAUUGGAGAUUUGAGAAAAAAACAGGAUGAUUUGGAAACUUCGAGAAGAAAACAAAAAGAGAUCGAAUUAGAACAAAAACAAAAAGAAGCAAAAGCUGCAUUUGAAGGAUGGCUGAUAAAGAAAACACAAAUGGAAUAUGAAAAACGAGGAGAAAAUAACAAUGAAGAAGAGAAUGAGGAAACAAAAAUAUAUCGAAAAUUAAUGGCACAAGAAGCAUAUGAAACAUGGCUGGAAAUGAAAGAUCAGGAAAAACAACUGAUGGCUGAUUUGGUAUUAAUUCAACCGCCUCCAACACCAUGGAUUCCACCGAGUAAUAUGAUUCCAAGACAAUUUUUGAGAUCAGCUCAAGGAACAAGGUAUAUUUACACUAACUAUAAAAUAUAAUAGAUCCAGUUAAAUUUUGCAGAUCAAUAAAAAGUCGUUCUUCAUCAGCUCAACGUCGAUCUCGAAGUCGACCAUCAACAACAAUUGGAAAACGAUGA